AUGGUGGAGAAAAUUGUUCAGGAGGUUACCUUAGUCAUCCAGAUUUGGUCCGUAUCCAGAACAGAUGGUGGACCACGACGCAACCCUGAAUGUCAGGGAAGACCACAACUAGACAAGCCCUCUCCACAGAUCAUCAGCAAAGACCAAGAACCAGACAAGUCCUCAGCACAGACGCUAUGCCAGGACCUACAUAGGACCACAACACAGUUUCGUCAUGCUUACACUCCACAGAGGAGACACAAGAUGCCUCAGGAGCAGCUGGACACUCUCUGCUAUAAAAUAAGAGAAGGACUGCCUAAAUGGAGGGAUAUUUUCACAUGGCAACUGUUCAAAACUCUGCUGAUGGGUCAAAGCCUCUCCGCACUGAUCUGUGGGACUGCUGUAACAUCUCAGUAUCUGGCGUCCAUUUAUUACCUUGAUACACCCAUGCUGCAGAGCUUUCUUAAUUACAGCCUCCUAGGCAUCACUUACACCAUGGCACUGAUCUUCAGAAGAGGUGAUGGCAAUAUUUUGCAGAUAUUAAAGACAAAAUGGUGGAAGUAUCUAUUGUUGGGACUGAUAGAUGUGGAGGCGAAUUACGCAGUGGUGAAAGCGUACCAGUACACCACAUUAACUAGCAUACAGCUGCUGGACUGCUUUAUUAUCCCGGUUUUGAUGAUCUUGUCCUGGUUCUUCCUGAAGACCCGCUAUAGGAUCAUUCACUAUGUAGCUGUAUGUAUAUGUCUGGCUGGUGUGGGAGCCAUGGUGGGAGCGGACAUCCUCGCUGGCCAGGACCUGGGAUCUACCAGUGACAUUCUCCUCGGUGAUGGUCUGGUUCUAGUCAGUGCCACUCUGUAUGCCAUCUCUAAUGUGUGCCAGGAAUACACGGUGAAGAAUCUGAGCAGGGUGGAAUUUCUGGGAAUGGUCGGCCUCUUCGGGUCAAUCAUCAGUGGAAUACAACUAGGGAUCCUCGAACAUAACAAAGUGUCUAAAAUUCAGUGGACAUGGGAAAUUGCUCUGCUCUUGGCUGGAUAUGCGCUCUGCAUGUACGGCUUCUAUAGCUUCAUGCCUGUGGUGAUAAAGAUGACCAGUGCCACAGCGGUUAAUCUGUCCUUACUCACUGGAGACAUCUUCAGCCUGUUUUGUGGCCUCUUUUUGUUUCAAUACAAUUUCUCAGGACUGUAUAUCGUGUCACUGGUGGUGAUCUUCAUUGGUUUCAUCCUGUUUAACACCGUCCCCACACUGAACCGAGCUCUUGGCCCAGCGUCUGAAGAGGAAGGUUGUGACAAUCACGCCGCGGAGUUUGAUAACAACAGCACUCAAGGCUGUGUGGAUGAGAUAAGCUGUGCACAAGCAGAGCAAGAUCAAAUCAAGAGCCGGCUGAAUGAAAGACAGUCAGCAUGUGUUGUCAUAAACAGUGUUCAAAUGUAGUUUUGAUAAUUCCGUGGUAAAACACACUAGAACUUUUUAUAUUUUAGAGUCAUUAUAUUUUAAUAGUGGUUUAUAAUGAUAGAUCAAAUGUGACAAUGAAUAAACUGAAUAUGACAUAAAUGCUCUUAUCUCAUGACAUUUGGUGUUUAAACAGAUAAAUUAUCUCAUCGUUUUUGUUGUUGAUAUUUAUUGUACUGAGAAGUGCUUUGUAAAAUGUAAACCUCAAUAAAACAAAACAUUGUCGGCCGUA